UCAGUUUUUGACCAAUCAUAUGAGUCCUGGAUCGGAGGGUGUUGGUGCAGAAUAACAGUAGGGUGGUGGUCAUUGGUUAUGUAACUUAUGCGAUCAAAUCUAAUCUGGCAAAGAAUCAUUGAAGUACUCCAUUACAGACAUGGAAAAUUGCUUAAAACUAGUACCUCGUAACUGUUACAAUACGUACAGUUCAGUAGUUCUUGCUUUGUUUGUAGCAAUUGGCGUGGUUCUGGUUGCAAUCGCGAGUGAUUACGAGUCGAAAUCAAGUCUGGAUUGUAAACUCACGAGCUCUUUAUAUGAGGGGAAGUACAUUGAAACACAAUGUCGUCUUCAAUAUGCCCAAGAAUUCCUCCCUUCGUUAUCUCUCAAUGUCCAGAUUGUGAUAAGUUUUGGACUUGUGGUUGUAUGUAGUGUCGUGUACGGUUACCUGGUGAAACAUAGAGUGGACUUCGUCGCAAAUAAUCCAAACACAACGACGAACGAGGGCGUAGAAGAAAGCCAACCAUUGUCUGAUGUAUCGCCAGCCGCACCAGUGGCGUAUCGAGGAACGAAACAAAAACUGGAUGAAAUUUAUAUCAAUGUCAUAAUUCAAGAUGGAAGAGAAUGUGACAAUUAUUCAAGAAGUGGAUUUUUAAAAGGUAGACAUGAGAUUUAUGACAUUCAAUUGAAAAAGCCCCCUAAUUCGAAAGUACUUGAGAGUACAGCAGAAUUAUUUCAAGCAGCAAAAGCCAGUAGGAAACAACCUAGAACUGUUCUUGUAGUUGGCAGACCAGGCAUUGGGAAAACUCUAUUAACUGAAAAAAUAUCUCAGGAGUGGCAAGAAGGCGGAAAACCUGAUGAAUUCUGGCAUGAAAAAAUUGUUCUAUUGAUCAAAUUUCGUAAUUUUAACAAGCAAGAAACAAGUCUUCAAGAAAUAUUAGAUCAGGCUCAUGGUCUCAAUAAGGCAAUAGCUCUGUCCAACAAUAAGUCUAUCCAUGAAUAUAUCCAUCAGAACCCAAGUAAUACCAUCCUUGUUUUUGAUGGCUUAGAUGAACUCCAGGUAGAUGAUGAAUGUUUAAUUGAUGGAAAAACUGUAAACAGCCUAAAGGAACAUGCUCAUAUAUUCCUGAUAUUUAAACAGCUGGUGAAUGAUGAACUAUUACCUGGAGCCACUGUGUUAACCACAUCUCGACCCACAGCAGAACGCAUCUACCAAAGGCUUGAUUUUGAACGAAAAGUUGAAAUGUUGGGUUUUAGUCAGACACAAAUAGAAGAGUAUGUUAAAAAAAAUUGUGGUGCUGACACCCAGAAAAGUUCAGAAAUAUGGAACAUAAUCAAGGAUUCCCCAGAACUAAUCAGCUUCUGUUACAUACCUGUCAAUUCCUAUAUAAUUUCCAUGACAUUGUAUGAAAGCAUUGAUUUUGGUGAAGAAGUGGAGGAUGAAAGCUACAGCAAGAUUCCUAAAACAAUAACUGAACUGUACAAAAGAGCAAUAAGGAUUUUGCUGAUCAAACACAAUUCAAAAUACAAGAAUGAACCAGCAAAAAAGGGUUAUCUGACUGCGGAACUUCCAGAGCUGCUUCAAAAGGACCUGGACAAGUUGAAGGGAAUUGCAAGGAAUGGAAUGGAAGAAAACAAGUUAGUUUUUGAGUUUAAAAGCAGUGAUGAAUCUGUGGCUGGCUUAUCUGAUUCUGGUGUGUUCAAUCAAUUGGAAGACAAAAGACGAAAUAUUUUCUCUUUUCUUCAUCUUACAAUUCAAGAGUUUCUGGCUGCACUAGAUGUGGUUGAUGAUAUCAAAAAUGUUGAAAGAUUUUUAGAAGAUCACAUUGAUGAACCCAGGUGGCAUUUGGUGAUCCAAUUUGUAGCUGGGUUACUUGGAGAUAGGAUGAGAGAGUUAAGGUCAGCAGAGCAUAAAGAUAGUGAAGUAAUUGAUGGACCCUGGUGGCAUUUGGUGAACCGAUUUGUAGUUGGGUUACUUGGAGAUAGGAUGAGAGAGUUAAGGUCAGCAGAGCAUGAAGACAGUGAAGUAAUCGAAUGUAUAUGCAAAAGAUUUCAAGACUGGAUGCCAAAGAAACGAUGUAUUGACGACAGUAAUGACAAAGGUUUACUUGUGAUAAAAGGUGUUUGGGAAAUGCAAGAGGAUCGCGUCAUGAAAAAUAUUUCAUCGUUUGCGUCUGAGGAUGAUCAUGAAACGUUUCUUUUGGAAGGAUUAAAUAUUGCACCAGCAGAAUCUACCGCUUUGUUCAAAUUUUUAAGCCACAUCAAGAACUUGAAACAGCUUCAAAUCAAUCUUUGUACUGUGACGAACAUUGCUAUCCGUGAAUUGGCUGAGUUUUUGAAGAAAGAUAACCAUGGCCUGGAGAGUGACAACUGUGAACUUACUGAACUAGAUGUAAGUGACAAUAGUGGUUUAACAACUGAAGGUGCUAAAUAUUUAAGUGAUGCUUUGAAGAGUGACAACUGUAAACUUACUGAACUAGAUGUAAGAGGCAAUGAUUUAAAAACUGAAGGUGUUAAAUAUUUAAGUGAUGCUUUGAAGAGUGACAACUGUAAACUUAUUAAACUAAAUGUAAGUCUCAAUGGUUUAAAAACUGAAGCUGCUAAAUAUUUCAGUGAUGCUUUGAAGAGUGAUAACUGUAGACUUACUAAACUAAAUGUAAGUUACAAUGAUUUAAAAACUGAAGCUGUUAAAUAUUUAAGUGAUGCUUUGAAGAGUGACAACUGUAAACUUACGGAACUAAUUGUAAGUGACAAUGAUUUAAAAACUGAAGGUGUUAAAUAUUUAAGUGAUGCUUUGAAGAGUGACUACUGUAAACUUACUGAACUAAUUGACAAUGAAUUAUAG